UCAAGUGUCAAAUGUACGUAAAGGAAUGAAUAGUAUGUUGAGGUUACUUAAUUGUUUUUGUUCGUUACUUGGUUUGGAGAUGUCUUAUUUGUUGGUAUUCUUCAAUGAUAACAAAAAUUACUACAUUUUAAAUAACUGAAUAUAUUUUUUUUGGACUUAUAAUUUUUGUUUGGAAUUGAAAAUGGCUGAGAUAAACAUUUUGUCUAACCUAAAAGAUGAUAUUUUCUCUGUUGUUGAAGAUGAUCAAAUCAGUGACUUGAGAGUAAUUGGACAAGAAGAAAAUGGUCUGCUCAUUUUUGCGUGGAUUGAAGAAGAAAAUUCAAAAGAAACUCAAGUCAUAGGCACAUAUGAUCGCCUUAACAAGCAAGUCCAUGUUCUACAUAAAUUGCAAUAUAACAGAAGCUGUAGUGUUAUUCAAGCAACUGUUAAUUUUGCAAAAUCUAUUCUUGUUUAUGUGACUAAAACAUCAAUGGAAGAUGAUGAGAACAAAACAGAUACACCGACCUUCGAGUACCAGGCCUUCAUUCAUACCCUAGCUGAUGGUGUAACUCACACUAAGUCUCUAGAGAUCCAAAAACCACAGCAAAUCAUGGCUCAGUUUCUCUUCAAGAAAAAACCGAAUAGGCAAGAAAAACUGCUUGUGUUCAUUCACCAAGAUUCUGUAACUCUUUAUCAAGUGGAAUUGCCAGAGGCUGAUGGUAGUGAAGAGCCAGUGAAAGUAGCAGUGUCAGAGCAGGUAUUGAAGUCGUUCACAUGGGCCCAGUGGGAUGCAGGUAAUCAGUGCCUCUACUAUAUCCACUACCGCAAGCCUCCCCAGGCGGUGGAGGGCGAGCCAGAGGGCGAUGGUCAGUCGAUGCCCAUUCUCUCAACAUUGCAGUUCCAUGACGAACUUCCUCAUGAGACUGUGCUGAACAUUCCGUUAAACCUGCCACAGCUGUCUCCAACAGUGACAUCCCCGUGUGGAGUGUACGAGGAUGACCCUGUGCCUCUCCGCAUACACGACUGCUCACUAGACCUCACUAUAGUGGCUGACCACAGGGGAGUUGUCUGCAUCUGUCAUCAUUACCUGUAUCAGCCAGUGAAGCCCCCGAUGUGUGACAAGGCGAUGGAUGCUAGCAAUACUGUCCACUUUGCUUACUCAGUCACCAUGCUACAUCAUGGUAGAGUUGUACACUCAGUUGUGCCUGGGGUCCCAUGGAAUAGUGCAGCCAGUAUGCGGCCGUCUUUCAUCAUGCAUGGCGAACAACACAUGAUUGUGAUGGCACCUGGUAUCUUCCUGCACCUCUUGGACAUCGGGCCGCACCAUGAACCUUGCUGUCACAUUGUAUUGGACAAUGCCAUGCAGACGGAUAGUCUCAGGUUGACACCAUUGUUGGACGGCAGUGGUCACCUGCUGGAGUUGGCAACACUGGAGGUGGUGGAGCUGCAGGUAACACCCCGGGCUAUGGUCGAUGCAUAUAUCAACACUGAUAUGGCAGUAGAGAAUCGUCUAGCCAUCCUGCACUACUUCAUUGUACACCUCGCCGAAAUGGAUUUGGUCACCGAACUAAUAAUGCCAUUGGCAGAGAAGUCAAUGGAUCCGAAUGUUGCCAAAAUUCUUCAAGAAGUAUUGAUUGGGGGAUCAUACGCCUCAGUGCUCCGAAGUUUGCCUUCUGAUGCUCUGACCUUAGUUGACCUUCUACCCCUUACAACAUGGAAUUCCAAUACAACUGUGGAAGUAAAAUUGUCUGCUCAGUUCACUCUCUCCCUGAGCCAGGAAUGCCUGUGGAACCCAGCAGUAAUGUUGCUGUCUCCACAACAGCGCUUGGUGCCUUACCGUGGGGACAUGUGGACCCGACUGUGGGACUACCUGUCUGAACAUGCCGAGGUGGUCAGGUUCCGCCCCACCACAGUUGCCGACAAGCUCAUGGUGUCACUUGUCUGCUAUCAGCCGGAAGCUUUAUCUCGGUGCAGCACACCUCUGUCUCCAGGUGGGAUGACCAGUGUGGGAGUGGGUAAUAUCCCUGAGUUGAGUGGGGGCAGGUGCAGUAAGCUGGCUUUUGACCCACUUCCAUUCUUUGAGGUGGAGCCUUCGGCUGCCAGUAAGCAGGAGCACGUCAUCUCCGUUAACCUAAGGGAGGUUAGCAUGCACUUAUUGAAGCGUGGGAGGGGGCGGGAGAGCCCUAUGCAGGUUCACGCGGUUGCCACACGUUAUGCGGCUGCACAACUGGAGCUCUCCAGACUUGUGUGUCAGCUUAUCACCAAGGCUGCUUCGGUGGACACAGCUUCUGACAGGGGCUUCUCUCUGGUGGAUCAGAUGUCCAGUGACCAAAGGCGGGUGCUGUUUGCUCUACUAGAACGUUAUUGUCUCGCUGUAGAAUGUCUGGCAUUCCCUCUGCCCCAGGGCUUUCCCUCCUUCCUCACCUACUUGGGGUAUAGAACGCUUUCGUUCUCAACAUUCCUACAGUACGUGCAAGCCAACGUUCUACAGCUGCAGAUCGACGUUAUGAAAGCCAUCAUGAUGGAGGUGCCUGACACACAGGAGGGGGUAGAGCAAAAGCUGAGGCUAUUGCAGAUGUUGCCUCGGUCACGGGGCAAACGGCUGCUCAACCAAUGGCAGCACCCGGCCAGCCUUAUGGUACGUGCACGUCAACAUGCCCAGAACAUCCUGGCUGGUGUGGAAGGUGCACAAGCACGUGGCUAUCCGCAGCGUAAUCGCAACCAGGUUAUCUCCAGAGGUCUUGCUGCCUUUCCGUCAGAAGACAGGUUGUCUCCCUUAGACACAUUCCUCGAUCUCCUUACAGCUAAAGCAAAUCUGGCUGAACUGGACUUCAACUUACUGAUAGCAGCUACAACAGCUUCUACUGAAGAAUUUUUGUAAGACCGGUUAAUUGUUGUACAAGAAUGUCUAUGUUUUACUUGUAUGUUGUGUUAAAAAUUGCUCAAAAUUGUCUGCAGUAUGUGGAACAGGGAUGAACCCAGGCAGUACUUCAGGAAGUUGUAUUUUAUUGAGAAUAAAAAAGUAAAAUAUAUUUAAACAAUGUAUAGGGCUACAUGUGUGUUGACAUAUUAAACUUUGUGUGGUGUUAGUUGUAUCUGACUGAAAAUACUCAAGAUAAAUUGGAAUAUUGAGGAAUCACCAUAUCUCUUCUUGAAUUUGUUUCUCCUUUAUAUGAGGGCUGUUUUUUCUCAACCCCCAUCUCACGCCAUGACGGCGCUAGACACGUGGCAGAUCUACAUUGUGCAUAGUAGUCGAUCGUACAUCUUCCCUGCUGAGUUCAAGUAGCUAGUUUGCACUGAGCUGCAGUCACAUAAACGUGAUCACCUCUAAUGAUUCUCCCGCCAAAUGUGAAUUGAGUAGUGCUAUUCAUUUCUUGCAAGCAGAAGGGAAUAGUGCAGCAGAAAUCUAUCGUAGAAUGUGUUAAAUGUCUUAAUCUUCUCUUUACUCUAUUGUUACAGAACAUUUAAGCUACAAAACGAUUUGUGCUAGUUGGGUGCCAAAAAUGUUGACUGGCACCCACAAAACUCACUGAAUACCUUCAGCUUUGACAGUCCUUAAUUAUAUACUUUGCGAUUCACGCACAACACCAUCACUUUUAAUGUUUUCUCCAUAAACACUGCACAUUCUCCAAUGAAUUUUUGCUGCAGUAUUCCCUUUUGCUUGCAAAAACAAUAACACUCCUCAAUUUACAUUUGGUGUGAGAAUCAAUAGAUGACUGGUCAUGUUUAUACGACUGCAGCUCAGCGCUAACUGACUACUUGAACUCGGCAGUGACAAAUAUUGUACAGGGAGAUAUGCGAUCGACUACUGUGCACAACGCAGACCUGCUAUAAUUGCCUGGCGUGAGAUUGGAGGUUGAACAAAAAAGGCCCAAACUGAACCACUAUUUUACUCUGAAUAUUUAACCCUCCGGCUGGCAACGUCGUAAAUUACAACUCAUUUUCUCCCGCCGUGAACUGGCAGAGUCGUAAUAUACGACUCAUUAAACAUUGUCUACUAAUUAUGUCAUAGUUCCGAUAAUUACCGCUCGAAUUGCAUAAAAGUUAUAUCACUUUAAUCAAAAGAUCCCAAGCCUUCUAAUAAUGUAUUCACUUUUAUGUAUAUAUGAAUAUUUGUUCUAUUACUGGCCGCUAAAAGCUCCCGACUGCUUCCGCGAGACGUGACUCGGCAACUGUUAGUGUUUGUAUAUAGUCUUGUUUUUUUCAAUUGUAAUUUUAUUUGUAAAUAAAAGUGUUUAUAACUAUGUAUUUUCUUUUUGUGCAUAAGUAAGUGAACAUUAUGCAUAUUUUAGAUUUUUAAAU